AUGGCCAUUGGAGAGAUCUUUUUAGGUUCCUUCUUUCAGUUCCUGCUCGAAAAGUUGGCUUCUAUGGUAUCGAACUAUGCGCAACGGGAAGGAACCAGCACCUUGCUCCAUAAGUGUGAGGAGAUGCUAAAAACAAUCAAUGCAGUGCUUGAUGAUGCAGAGGACAAGCAACUCGACGGUGACCAUCGAGUGAAGCAGUGGCUGGACAACGUUAGGGACUUGGCCUAUGACGCGGAAGACUUGCUCGAUGAGUUCGAGAUCGAAGCUGCUCAAGUCAAGUUGGGGGUAGAAUCCAGCACAAGCAAAGGUGGGGUGAAAAGGAAGUUCCUUUCCUUUAGCCAAUUGCACUCACCCACGUUUGAAACCAAGUUACAAGAUAUCAAAGAUAGGUUUGAAGAUAUUGUCAACAAGAAGGCUCCUUUAAGCUUAAGAGAGAAUGUUGUGGACAGAUCUCACUACACCAACAAAAGGCUCCCCAGCACUUCUUUGCCAGAGCCUCAAUUUUUCGGUAGGGAGAAGGAAGAAGCGGAUAUACUCAAAUUACUGAUAGGCGAAGCCAAAAAUGUUGAUAGCACACUAAGCAUAGUCUCCAUAAUUGGGAUGGGCGGUGUUGGAAAGAUGGCCUUGGCUCAACGGUUGUAUAACAAUGACAAAGUGAGUAAUUGUUUUGAGAGGAGAGCAUGGGUCUGUGUUUCAGAUGUUUUUGAUGUUCUUGACAUAACAAAGACUAUUUUGGGGUCAAUCACCAAAGAGCCUUGCAAGGACAAAGAUCUUGAUAGGCUUCAAUCAAAGUUGAAGGACAAUCUAUCUAGAAAGAAGUUUCUUGUGGUCUUAGAUGAUGUUUGGAAUGUGAAGUACGAAGAAUGGACUUCCCUCCUAAAGCCAUUUGAAGUCGGGGCCAAGGGAAGCAAGAUCAUCAUCACAACGCGUAACAAUUCUAUUGUUUGCAUAAAAAGAGUUUCGUCAUAUUCUUUGAAUGUGUUGUCUGAAGAUAAUUGUACCAGCAUGUUAGCCUAUCAUGCUCUGAGAGCAAGAAAUUUUGAGGGGCACCCAAAUUUCGAAAAAGCAGGCAAGAGAAUAGCUGAAAAAUGCAAAGGUUUACCUUUGGCAGCAAAGAUGUUGGGCGGUCUCCUACAUAAUAGAGAGAAUCCCAAAGAAUGGGAAGCUAUCUUAAAUAACAGAACAUGGGAUAAAGCGAUAGGAAAAGAUGGUGAGGUUCUUCCAGCUUUGAAAUUGAGUUAUUUGCAUCUUCCUUCUUGUUUGAAGAGAUGUUUUGCGUAUUGCGCUAUAUUUCCAAAGGACUACGAAUUUGAGAGGGACGAGCUGGCACUCUUGUGGAUAGCAGAGGGCUUUUUAGGUGAAGAAAAAGAAAAAGAGAUUAUCUUGAGAUUAGGACGUGAUUGCUUUGAUGAGUUAGUAUCUAGAUCAUUUUUUCAGCAAUCCAAUGUUAACACAUCAAAGUUUUUGAUGCAUGAUCUUUUGAAUGAUCUAGCAAAAUCAAUUGCGAAUACGACAUGCUUUACCUCUGGGGACUCUCAAGCAAUGAGUACUAAAGAGAAAGCUCAUUAUGCAUCAUUUGUCUCAUGGUUUGUUACAUCAGAAAGCUCGAGAGCAUAUGCUAAAACGAAGGUACUAAGAAGUUUAAUGCUGCUGAAUGUUCAAUUUAGUCAACGAAUUUUCAUUUCCGGAAAGGUGCUGCAUGACUUGCUAACAAACUUGAAGUACUUGCGGGUGCUAUCAUUAUCUCAUUGUGGCAUCACAGAGGUACCGAAUUGUGUCUGUGAUUUAAAAUAUCUCCGACAUCUCAAUCUCUCAUACACCGGAAUCAAAAGGCUACCUGAGUCAAUUGGCGCCUUGUGGAAAUUACAAGUUUUGAUCUUAAGAGGUUGUUGGUACCUUUUUAUGUUGCCUCCACAUAUAGCAAAUUUGGUCAACUUACAGUUUCUUGACAUUAGAGAUACAAAGAAUCUGAAAGAGAUGCCAUUGAAUAUUGGUAAUUUGAGGAAUCUUAUUAUCUUGUCCAAGUUUGUGGUAGGACCAGAGAGAGGGUCACAAUUAAAUGAGUUACAGAACUUGCCACAUCUUCAAGGAGAGUUACUCAUAUCUAAAUUGCAGAUGGUGGAAGAAUUUGGAGAUGCAGCUAAUGCUAAUUUGUUUGGAAAGCAAGACCUUAGCAACUUAUUCUUGCGUUGGAAUGAAGGUUUUGGAAAUUUCCGGAAUACAAAAUGUGAAGCACGGGUUCUUAACUCUCUGCGACCUCACACUAAUCUUGAAAAUCUCACUAUUUCGUACUAUGGUGGUGGAAUAUUCCCGUCAUGGUUUGGUGAUCCAUCCUAUUCUAACAUAGUGUAUUUGUGCUUGCAUGCUUGUCUGAAAGUCACAUCAUUGCCAUCACUUGGACAGCUCCCUUCACUCAGAGAAUUAUCUCUUGAAGGUCUAAGUGCAGUACGCAUGAUAGGCUCUGAAUUUUACGGAACUAAAAGCCCUUUUCCAUCCUUAACAAUUUUGAAGUUUGAAGGGUUGUCAGCAUGGAAAGAUUGGUCUUAUUAUGCUGGAGGCCGAGAAGAAAAAGUACCAUUCUCCUGUCUUCAGCAUCUUGUUGUUCGAAGAUGUCGAGAGUUGACAGGGGAAUUACCUCGUCAAUUAGAUAAUCUCAUAAAGCUAGAAAUUUGUUCAUGCUUGCAUUUGAAUGACUCAACCAAUGUGGUUUGUCUUCCAUCUCUCUAUGAGUUACACAUUGAGGAAUGUAACAAAGAGAUCUUAAAGAGGUUGGACCACCUAACUUCUUUAACCAUUCUCAAAAUUGAGGAUCUUGCUGAGCUUGUUUGCUUUGAUAAUGGAUUUAUUAGCCACUUGAUCAACCUUAAGGAGCUUCGUAUAAGAAGUUGUGAAAAGCUUACAUACCUAUGGCAAGAUGGAGAUGGAAUGCGAAAUCUUAUUUGCCUCCAGAGUGUAGUCAUUGAAUAUUGUCCUCAAUUCACAUCUUUUAUGAGGGUACAAGGAGAGAUUGAGCUGCCGCACAACCUUGAAACAAUACAAUUGGAGCAUUGCGUGAGUUUAGAAAGGCUUCCAAGCAAGAUGCACACACUUAGACGUUUGAGCAUUUGGGAUUGUCCAAAAAUCAUGGGACUAACCAUUCCUCCAAAUGACCCGAGCAGCAAUAACAAGAUGUCACAGCUUGAAUAUCUACAGAUUGAUCAUUGUGAUUCUUGGGUAUCUUUUCCGUUUGCUAAGGAUAGACUUGCUGCUUUGAAGACACUUGAUAUUAAGAGUUGCAAGGGAGUAGAGUCGCUAGCAGAGAUCACCGCACUAGAAUCACUAGAAUCUCUAGAUAUUGGCAAUUGUAUGAAUUUGAGAAGUCUACCACAGUGCCUUCGCAUGCUCGUCCAUCUCACUCAUUUGGAAAUAAGUGAUUGUGCAGCACUGGAGAUGGAGGACCUCCCUCCCCUUCCCCUCACCUUGUCGAGUCUUUCACUUUUUAGGUGUAUGAAGAUAAAGUCUAUUGCCAGCGGUAACAUUGAUAGUUGUAACAAUCUCACUUAUUUGGAAAUAUGGGAGUGUCCAGCACUGGAGAUGGAAGACUUCCCUCCCCUUCCAAUCACCCUAUUGCAUCUUGCACUUUACUUAUGUCCGAAGAUAAAGUCAUUAGAGUGGCAUCGUCUUACGUCCCUUCAAUGGCUAGAAAUUAUUCGUUGUGAAAAUAUCCAAUGCUUCCCCGAAGGAGGUUUGCCUCCAAAUUUGCGGUCGUUUUAUAUUAGGGGGUGCAAGAAUAUGAAGCAGCCAGUGAGAAAAUGGGGCUUGCCCAUGCUCACUUCCCUCGAGAGACUGGGAAUGGACGGAAGCAGCAUGGGAGGGGAGGGAGACAAGGAGUGCUUUCCUUCGGAGGAUUCCUGGUGUCUUCUCUUUCCUUCCUCUCUUACCUCUCUUCAGAUUGGCCAUAUGAGGAACGUGGAAAGACUAUCAAAUGGCCUUCGCAACCAUCUCUCCUCUCUCCAAGAGUUAUCGAUUGAGUGUUGUCCAAAGUUGAGGGACUUGCCAGAGGAUGGCCUCCCUCCCUCCCUCCAACAAUUGCACAUUCUUGGAUGCGAGAUUCUGAAAGAUCGAUGCUCAAAACACAUCGGCGACUAUUGGCCCCUCAUCCAAGAGAUCCCUCUCAUCUACAUUUAUGGUGAAUAG